AUGGCAUCGUUGCCAAGCGAAGAGCUUAGGGCAAGCUAUCGGUCGCAACUCUCGGCAUCUACAGCACAGGGGACAGUAGCAACUGAAAGGAGUAGCAUUUUGACCAAGAGCAGUUCUAUAACUUCGGUCUACGGAGCAGCCGACGAUUCACUGAGUAUUAAUGAUAUAAUGGGAAUGUACGAGAAGGGUUUCUACGACGAUUCAGCUCCGGAGGACAACAACGAGAUGGUAGACUCAAGGCCGGCCACUGCAAGAUCAGAAUUGAGUAGGAGGAGGACUGCUAUGCUGGACGCGAUGACCGUGUUUCUACCGACCGCGGAAUCACCGGGCAUAGCCUCAACCUCUGACCAUCGGAUUGACCCAGAGUCUGCUUCUAUCUUCCAGGGUCCCGAUGAGCACGAAUCCUUGCAUGGUGAAGCAGAUAGUGAAGAAGAUGGUGAAGCGGAUGGUGAAGCGGGUGGUGAAGCUGUUAAUAUCUUGGUCGACGUAACUGCGGAAGAGGGUCUAGAUGCAGGUGCUGAUACCGAAGAUGAUACUGAGGACGAGCGCAGUCCUUUGCCUCCCUCGCGGCAUCCGACUGUAUCGACAAUUGCCGAGGAUGAUGAUGAAAGAGAUCGCUACGGGUUUCGAAAGAGCAAUCAAUACGUCAACCGAGAGCAAUACGACAGCUGGAACCAAGGAUAUACCGAAUACUUGGAAAGAAGGCGGAAGAAGUGGACUGCGUUUCUUAGGGAGCAUGGACUAAUGACCGAUCAUCCCAACCGAUUUCCUCCUCGAUCGAACAAGACGAAACGAUUUGUACGUAAAGGAAUACCUCCCGACUGGAGGGGCGCCGCUUGGUUCUAUUACGCCGGGGGCCCUGCCGUUGUCGCGAAACACGCCGGCUUGUAUGAUGAUCUCUUGAAGCAAAAAGCUAAGGCCGUGGACGUGGAGGCGAUCGAGCGUGACUUGCACCGUACGUUUCCGGACAACAUCAAGUUUCGCUCUUGUCCGUCACCCACUGCCAUCGCCCAAGAAGCCCUUGCGAAAGAGACAGGGGGCCCCAUGCCCAUAAUCGAGGAGAAGCCAAUGAUCGUAUCUUUACGCCGUGUCUUGCACGCCUUUGCUAUUUAUAAUCCACGAAUUGGGUAUUGCCAGUCGCUUAAUUUUCUAGCAGGCUUACUGCUACUCUUUGUGGAAACUGAGGAGCACGCCUUCUGGCUACUUAAUAUUAUAGCUCGAGUAUACCUUCCAGGAACGCACGAAACCAACCUGGAGGGUGCCAAUGUAGAUCUCGGAGUGCUCAUGUCAUCGUUAAGGGAGUCUAUGCCCCAAGUCUGGGCUAAGAUUGGAGGUGAGCUGGAUGGUACGGAUGCUGUAUGGGUAAAGGGCUGGAGACACAGGCAUAGAGCAGAGACGACUCGACUUCCUCCUAUCACCCUUUGCAUGACGGCCUGGUUUAUGAGUUGUUAUAUUGGCACCUUACCUAUCGAGAGUACUCUACGCGUAUGGGACGUUUUCUUCUAUGAGGGAUCAAAGACGCUAUUCCGAAUCGCCCUAGCAAUCUUCAAGAUCGGCGAGAACGAGAUCAAGGCCGUGGCAGAUCCUAUGGAGAUCUUCCAGGUCGUGCAGACAAUCCCUCGCCGGCUUAUCGACGCCAAUGGUCUAAUAGAAGCCUGCUUCAAGCGCCGCAACGGUUUCGGCCAUCUCAGCCAAGAAACGGUCGAGCAAAAGCGGCAAGAGAGACGAGUCCAAGUUAAAGCAGAGAGAGAAAAGCAGACUGGCAAUAUGGUAUCGAUAGAUGCCGACUUAAAAAAGAAAGGCACUCUUUUCAGCCGACGCCGGGAACGGGGUCAAGUCUAUGGCGAGCUUGUCUAA